AUGAGUUUAGUUUGUUUCGGAAACUAUUUUGUUACUGGUUGUACCAUCAAAAAUCAAAUCAAAACAGUAUCAGUUCAAGCUCAAGUUCGCUUUGAAAGAAACUACAUCCCCAACCUUGUUAAUAUCGUUCUCGUUAAACUUGCGAUUGCACAACACUACAGAGAAAAUCUACUGACAACAUACAAUAGAAUUCAAUAUAACUCCGAACUGACUCAUUCUGAUGUGGUGAAAACGAUAUGA